AUGUUGAUCCAUGUGGUAAUAGCACUCCAUGUAUUACUAUUGAGGGCUUUAGACGAGACGCGUAAACUUCAAAAUGACCUGUUUCUGAUAAUCAACCACCACAGUAAGAGCAGUGGUAGGGCUACUCUAAUCGAGCACAUUAUACACACUGGUAGGGCUAUUCUAGCUCGAGAUCUUCUUCAGGUAAUCAAGCAAAUUAUAAACACUACUACUACUGGUAGGGCUAGUCUUGCUCCAGACCUGAUUCUGCUAAUCAAGCACAUUAUAAACAAUACUACUGGUACGGCUACUCUUGCUCGAGACCUGAUUCUGCUAAUCAAGCACAUCAUCAUAAACAGUGCUACGGCUAUUAAUCCUGCUAGAUACCUGAUUCUGGUAAUCCAGCUACUGGUUAUCAAGCACAGAAUAAAGUGUGGUGGCUAUAGGCCUUGUCUUGCUCAAGACCCGCCUCUGGUAAGCCAGCAGCAGAAUGAAGACUUUGGAUGGGCUCUUCUUCCUCCGGAACUACUAGAUAAUGUGUUCAAGAGGUUGGAGGCAAGUGAGAGUAGCUGGCCAUCACGCAAGCAUGUAGUUGCAUGUGCUGGGGUUUGCAGGUCAUGGAGAGAGAUCAUGUGCAAAGAGAUUGUUAAGAGUCCAGAGUUCUCUGCCAACCUUACCUUUCCACUCUCCCUUAAGCAGCCUGGGCCUCGUGAUGGAACCAUUCAAUGCUUCAUCAAGUGGGACGAAGCCAACUUAACUUAUAACCUUUUUCAGUGCCUUGGCCCUGAUUUACAUUAUGAAAAUGGGAAAUUUCUUCUCUCAGCCAAGAAGACUCGGCAAUUUCCUUGCUCAGAAUAUUUUAUAUCCAUAGAAAGAUCAAGCAGCACUUACACUGGAAGGCUGAGAUCAAAUUCCGGUCGCAAAGAUUUCAUAAUUUAUGACACCCAGAAGCCUCCCUACAACAAUGUAUCGCGGGAGAAUCCAACCGGGAACUAUAGCAUUGCCCGGAUAACUUACGACCCACGCGACCCACGCAGGAUGUACUGCAUCAUCUACUCAAUUCCCGCCUCAGCUCUUGACGAUGGUGGAACUGUCCCGGGACAGCCGGAGCUACUACUCUCUCGUUCCCUCGAGGAGGAGGACUUACUUGGGACCAUAACCUUUCCUACAUCCAAUAUUGACCAAUCGAGUGAGGAGUCGCCGCCAUUUAUUCUCGAAAACUGCUGGGACCCUUUCAACCACUGGAAUUGGGAAUGUUGGUGCCGUCACUUCUGCGGUCGGCUAACAGGUUCCUCUGUUGAGAGUUUCCAGCUGAUUGCUGUUGCCACACAGCCCACACCUGUAGGUGCAACAACAACAGCAGCACCAUCGGAUGAUGAUGAUCUUGAUCAUGAAAAGAUCAUCCUGCAGUUUGGCGAGGUGGGGAAGGACAAAUACACCAUGGAUUAUCGCUAUCCUGUCUCUGCUUUUCUAGCCUUUGCAAUCUGUUUGACAACCCUUGAUACCGCCAAAGUUCCAACUGUGUCAAUCAGUUGACACAAGUAAACUUAUAUACUGAAAACUUCGGAUCGGAGAGAUCCCAUCAUCGGUGGGAGGAUAGGAAGGGAGGUGGGGUUUGAAUUGAUUCGUGGAGGGGUUUAUUUUUUUACCCUCUAUUUGAUGCUCUGUUACUCGUGAUGAUAUUUUGGCACCAUGGAUGCUUUGCUACUCUUUUUCUUUUCUUUGAUUUUGCAAUUUAUUAGGUUACCCUUUAUUUUUUUAUCAGCUUCUUAAUACCUAAGUUGCAAUUGGCUUCUACUUUUCAUCCUGUUUCUGCAGA